UAUGAAUACUGUAGUGGUAUUUGGACACACUAAUUACGCUAUUUUGUUUGCUUCCCAUAGAAUCCAUGGAAUGUUAUCUGGAGACCUCUGUUGAUUACGAACUUACCUACACUUCUUGAAUAAGACUCUGCGAACAUGAGGUUAGAAAGAUGAACAUGUCUGAGGAGCAAAUAAACUGCACUAUAAGCCACGAGAUUCACCAGUACCUGUUUUCGGGUGCGUACAUCCUUGUCCUGCUAGUGGGUCUUCCCGCCAACGCUUACUCGCUCUACCAUGCCUGUCUCCAACUGAAAGCCCGCAAUGAGCUGGGGGUCUACUUGCUAAACUUGACCAUAUCUGAUCUGCUGUACCUGGCCUCCCUGCCCCUUUGGCUCCAGUAUAUCUUCCAAGGGGACAACUGGAGCGGCUCGGAGUGGCUCUGUCAACUGUGUGGUUUCCUGCUCUACGAGAACAUCUACGUCAGCAUUGGUUUUCUGUGUUGUAUCUCCAUUGACCGUUACCUGGCGGUGGUCUACCCUUUCCGCUUCUCGGCUUUCCGAACGGUACGAGCAGCAGCGCUGGUCAGUACGGUGGUCUGGCUCAAAGAGCUUGCCGUAGGAGUGGUGUUCUUCCGGCACAAGGAGCUCAGCAGGGACAAGCACAACCAAUCUGUGUGCUUUGAGCACUAUCCCAUGAAGACAUGGGAGUACCCAAUAAACUACUACCGCUUUUACAUAGGUUUCCUGUUCCCUUUAGGAAUCCUGUCCGUGUCGUACUUUAGAGUUCUCCGAGCAGUGGGCAAGAGUGCAGGCACGCAGACAGCCCAGAAAACUCGCAUCAAGUACCUUGUGACCAGCACCAUCGUCAUCUUCCUGGUUUGUUUCUCACCAUACCACGUCUUCCUGCUGGUACGCACCAUAUUGGAGCGGGACUGCGACUUCAUUGAGAACAUUUUCAACUACUACCAUUUCUCUCUGUUGCUUACUAGUUUUAACUGCGUGGCCGAUCCGGCGCUCUACUGUUUUAUCAGUGAGAGUGCCCAAAAGGGCAUCCAGAAGGCUCAGGAAGCUUGCACUCGGGUCUUAUGCUGUUGCUCAAAAAGCCAUGGAAGGUUCAACACGCACUCUACUGAGCUUGCAGUCACCAAUGAUAAUGUUACAGGUACCUCAGUGGUAACACUCUUGCAGCAGGUCAAAACUGACGUUUAAACAUUUUUGUUGUAUUAGUUAUCUAUACAAUGGACAUCAUACCGUUUAGCCACAGGCUCCUCAGAUGUACUGCUGCUGCAUACUGUUUUUCAUUUUGCAUGGGUUAGAAGUUAGAACAUUAACCUACUUUGUCAGAGCCAGUCCUGUAUUUUGUUCUAAAAUUAAACUACAAUAUUUCAUGGUUUUGGUAAGCUAACAUGCUACUGUUAUGUGGUGUAAUUCUCAGGGAUUGCUACCUUUAUAAUCACCAGUGGUUGACAUUUGAGGUUUUAGGAACCGAUGAGCUAAAGAAGUCCCUUUAGCUACAGUACAUGUGCAUGUAACAGUUAAAACUGUGUCCAAAACUAAAACCAAUUCUGCUUUCAAACCUCAUUGGUUAUAGUUCCUUUAAUACUGUACUUCACCCAAAAAUCACAAUUCCGUCAUCAUUUACUCACCCUAAUGGUUACGGCCUGUUGUUAUCACUGCAAAUCUCUUGUUGCAGACGCAAACUUCUAAUGUCAGAUUUAGCAAUGAAGCAUGAGAACCAGUGGCGUUUGGUUCAUUGAUGUCAAACCAGGUACAAUACAAAUUGAUGAAAAUGUAUGGAUGCUUAAUUUGAUAUGCAGGGAGGGGAAGAUUAUCAUUAAAUAUAUAAAUUGUGGUUGUAUGGCUUUAGACGUUUCAUGGACCAAUGUGAUGAUACUUUUAUGUUCUUUUUGGUGUUUAACAGUUCCUGCUUACAAUAUGCGCUUAUUUUAUGAAAAAUAACAGCAUGGAGUUUGGUAUUCCACGAUAGAAAAUUAAAGUCAUUCAGGUUUGGAACAUCAUGAAGGUGGGUAAAUGAUAACAGAAUUUUCAUUUUGGGGUGAACCUUUCCUCUAAGGAAACAAUAGCAAUGAAGCUGUAUAUUUGUUUGCCUACUCACCUUUUACAUGGUUAGACAUGGAGCACACAGACAGUUAACAAGCAGAAAAAGGUACGCAGUGUGGGUGUGAAGGGUCAACCACCUCCAAACAGACCAUUUUAACCUGGACAGCUUCCCAGUGUGAUUUCAUAUCCUGGGAAAAUAGAUGAGGAAGAAGUGAUUGAUGGUUGCUUCCAGAAAUCAUGUAUCUUCUGUUUGCUCAAACCGCUGAGGUAAAAGGUUUGGUGCAGUGUUUAUAUUUUUAGAUGAUGGAAGUGAUCACAGCUAAUACAAGGAGUUUAAAUGAAUGACCUGAACUGAAAGAACAGACAUGUGGAAGUGUUCUCUUUUUCCUGCUCAUUCAAACCAUGUUUACAAUGAAUAAUCAACAUGCAUGCAGAUUGUAUGUAGGCUAUAUGUAACUAAAUCAAGAUUGUUUUCAGGUUUUCAUUGAUUUUAUAUAGUGACUGCAGUUCAGGUUCAUAUAUGGGACUUUUUAUUAUUGGUUGUGCACUCUGUUGUUUGUUGCACAAAUCACUGGCAAUGAUUGUAUUGUUGCACAGUACAUGGAGACAGAAAUGGUGCUGUGAUGUAUUGCAGGGGUGUAAAAAGUAGAGAGAAAUUAAUUUUGAUUAUAGGUACUGUGUUAUCUAGUCCGAUUUUUGUAAGAUAGUAUGUUCUCUCUAGAUGUCUGUUAAUUGAAUUUUGGUUUUGUUUGGCUUGUUAGCCUCAAGGGCACAAAAUACUGAAAAUAAUAGGUAAAGCAAACCCUUGCAGCAAAUAUAUGAUAUAUGUGGUGCAAAAAUAUGAUUAAAUCUGUG